GGCGCGGUAUGUACAAUAUUCGGUUAAAUAUUCAGUUUAUUUAAAUUCUGCGAAUAAAAUGUCUCAGAAUUACUGCGGCAAAUAAAUAAGCAGCAGCGAUGAGUUUAUUUCAAGGCGCAGAAAGCAUCAAAGUCAACACAAGCCUUGAUCGCGCUGCUGAGGAGGAGAGGCUAGCAGAUCGAAGGCGUCACGACGAAGAGUUGGGUGAAUUGUUGAAAAAUGCGUUUGAGGAUUUAGAAGACGAUGAGACCACUGUUGACUCAACUACUAACUUUCAAUCACAUUUGAACGAGGAACAUUCACCGCGUCCAACGCAUGCACUUCCUCAGCCGCCAAUCAAUAGUGAGAAUGGAAUGCAUUCUCCAUUAGCUACCUACAAGGCAGAGCUGCAUCAGCAGAGGAUGUUGCUUGAGUCGCGCACACACGAAACUGAACAUUUCCAGCAGCUGGCCAGCGAGGAGAAGAAGAAACGGGAAGAAUUGCAGAAGCGUUUGUAUAUCACUGAAGCAGAGUUGGAUCGCGCGCUGGCCAGCAAGAAAAGCACACAUGAGUUGCUAGUGGAGUGCAAGGAGAAGUGUUCCAACUUGGAAAAUAGCAUAUGUAAGCUGCGCGCCGAGAAGAAGUCACUCGAAGGCGAGCAUAAUGUGUUGUUGGGAAAGUUCGAAACGACACAGAUGCUUUUAGCUGAUGUACAGCAGAAGUAUGACAUGGUAGAGCGGGAUUUAGGCAAAAAUAGUCAGCGCAAUGCUGAGCUGCAACGUAAGCAAAUGGAGGAGCGACAUCGGGCCGAGUUAGAUGUUAUGCAACAGCAAAUGGAACAAUUAUCCUGCAAGCUGGAUAAGAAAACAAGUGAACUAGAAGGUUUACAGGUGCGCUAUCAAGCGCUGCAAAGCAGUCACGAGAGCAUGUUGGUGGAGAAAGCUGGCAAAAUAAAUGAUUUGAACCAUGCCUUAUCCGAAGCGCAAAGAAAAUGCGAGGAAUUUAGAGCGCGCCAGGAUUAUCAUCAGGAAAAUAUCCGUUUGCAAAAGUUCAUAGCCAGCCUACAGGAGCAAAUUAAAAGUAUGGAAAAAACGAUAGCUACCUUAAAUGAGCGUUUAGAAUUCACCACAGCUGAGCUAGAUGUGAUGGAUAGUGUGCUACAUCAACACAAUUUGGAGGAUACACCACGUCGUCUCAGUCAGACUCAGGGUAAAGUGGUGGGUAGCACACCUUUGACUACCACCGAUCGUUUAGGCAAUCUCAAGGAAGAACUAUAUCGCGCGCUGGCGAAUAUAAAAAACAAACGGGAAGAAAUACGUCGCCUGCAGCUUAAUCUAGAGGAAAAGACAGCGGAGAUUCGCACGCUGCGGGAGGAUGAGAACAAAGCGCUGGUUCAAAUCACAACACUCAAGGAAGCAAAUGUGCGCUUGGAAAACCGCCUAAAGCUGCUUGAACAGGAAUACGAGGAAUUGCAGCACAAGUCAAUUAGUAAGCAGCGAAAUGCAAGCCAGCAUGCCAGUGUUGAAGCAUUGCAACUGCAAAUGAAAGCAGAGAAGCAAGCGCUUCAGGAAGAGUGCGCACGGUUGAACGCUGAGUGUAAAAGCCAUGAGACUGAACGUAAAAAACUAGAUGUGCAAUUGCGUAAUGUUGAGGUGGAUUUAGAGGAGCUAAAACAAGAGCAUGAAAGCAUGAAAAUGAAUUAUGAGCAAAUUAUGAAAGAGAAUCAGAAUUUGCGCAGCCGUACCACUGCCGAUAAUAUGCGGUUAGACUUGGAAAAGCAUAAAUUUCUACUGAAAGAUGCGCAGACCGAAUGUGAUCGUUUAAAGAAUUUAUACAUUGAGAUCUCAAACGCUAAGGAAGCGUUGGGGUACGAAGUAGAAAAAUUACGUAACACAGACAACGUGAAAGAGCUGCAGAAUCAACGUGAGAAGGUGGCUAACCUACAACGAGCGUUGCAAUUGGCAGAGGUAAAAUCCUCCGAAUUAACCAAAAUACUUGAGACUGAGAAAAUAUGCCAUGAACGCGAUGUGAAGGAGUUGAAAGAACGUUUUGAGAAAGAGAAAACUGCGAACUUCAAGGCGGGAAAAGCAGAUAGCUCCAAUAAUUGCAGCAAAUGUAUUGAUUACAUGUCGGAAAUAACGAAAUUUGAAAUACAAAAUCUCAAAUUGAAUACCAUCAACUCCACUAACAAACAAGAAAUCGACGAUCUCACACAGCAACUGCACGAAUCCAAAGCCAUAAUAGCGGAGCUCAGGGAAAAAUUGAAACUCAGCGAACAACAAGAGACACUCAUAUGCGAGCUGAAAGCCAAGGCUGCACGCUUUGAGGAAUAUAUAAAAAGUCAUAGCAGCGCAUCUGAACCCAGUCAUACGACACCCUCACCACCAAAGCAGAUAUCUAGUGACGAGAAGGGUGUCAACACUGAGGAAAGCAAGCGCUUGCCUACCACUGAAGUUAAAAAAAUUGAAUCACGCAUACGCGAUGAAAUGGCUAAGCUUUUUGCUAGCGAAAUAAAGCGUUUUCAAAUAAAACUACAUCAAACUGAAGAGAAAAAUAUUUCGUUGCAACGUGAAUACCAGCUUGCGACAAACGAUCUGCAACAACGACAAACCGAAGUGGAACUGUUGAAACAAGCCAUACUGGCGGAACGUGAACAUGUGGAGGAAAUACUAAAGCAGAAGGAUGCAGAAGCACAUGAAAUGAUUGAAAAACAAACUGCUAUAUUACAUAAAUGCCGAGAUGAAUUGUUGACAAAAAAUCAGAGAGUUGCACAAUUAUCUAAGGAAUUUGAAGAGCGGCAAUUGCAAAUCGAGGCUGAGCGAAAGUCAAUGAAAGCUGUGAUGAUGCAAUGGGAGGAGCAGCGUAAACAUGUAGAUGCUAUUGAGAGUGAAUGGAAGGAUAAAAUACAGACGCUGGAGCGAGCGCACGAGAAAGCUUUGGUAGAAUGGAGAAAGAAAUACAAUUCAGCUAAGCAUACUGCGGCAAAUUAUAAGCGCUAUGCUGAAGAUAAAGAAGCGCAUAUGCUUCGCGAAUAUGAUCGCCUUAAAUCGGAAUACGAUGCUUCGCUAACCAAAAUUGAAGCUCGCAUGAAGGAAGCGCUUGAAAAGAAAAAUCGUGAGAUGAAUGAUGCUAUUUCUGCAAUUGAGAAGCGACACGAAUUAGGUUAUGACAAAGAAAAUAGAAAGAAAAACUAAAUUGUGCACAAAGACAAGGGGUACGAAAAGCCUAUAUCGUAUGUUUAUUAAUAUUUUUAGUUGCAUAUAUUAAUGUGAAUCUAUCAAUUUGUUUUGUUUGUUCUAGAUUUUAAAAACUGACUGCA